AUACAACAAGAGCCGUUGACACAGCUCCACAGCUUCCUCCGUACACCAACCACAAACUUUUACCAUGGCUCGUAGACCUGCUCGUUGCUACCGUUACUGCAAGAACAAGCCUUACCCCAAGUCACGUUACAACCGUGCCGUUCCUGACCCCAAGAUUCGUAUCUUCGAUCUUGGUCGUAAGAAGGCUGGUGUCGACGAGUUCCCCCUCUGCAUUCACCUCGUUUCUAACGAGUACGAGCAGUUGUCUUCCGAGGCUCUUGAGGCUGCCCGUAUUUGCGCCAACAAGUACCUUGUGAAGAUGGGUGGUAAGGACAGUUUCCAUCUCCGUGUCCGUGCCCAUCCCUUCCACGUCGUCCGUAUCAACAAGAUGCUUUCUUGUGCCGGUGCCGAUAGACUUCAAACUGGUAUGCGUGGUGCUUACGGUAAGCCCAACGGUUUGGUUGCCCGUGUCAACAUUGGCCAAAUUUUGAUGUCUGUUCGUACCAAGGACUCUGGCCGUGCCAUCGCUAUUGAGGCUCUCCGCCGUUCUCAAUACAAGUUCCCUGGUCAACAAAAGAUCAUUGUUUCCAAGAAGUGGGGUUUCUCUCAAUACAGCCGUCAAGAGUACAUCGAGAAGCGUAGCCGUGGUGAGAUCAUUCCCGACGGUUGCUAUGCUAAGUUCUUGACCAAGCACGGUCACAUCGAGAACAACCUCCGCAACUUCCCUGAGGCUACUUUCACUGCUUAGUCUAGUUCAAUCAAGUUGAAAAUUGAGAGUAUACAUUUGUGUGUGGUGAAGAGAGACUGCAGGCGGCGUGUUGAGUUUAUAGGCGUGGAGUCUGUUUAG